AUGUCGGAUGAUGAAUACUUGAAUGAUCAAGAACCAAAGGAAGAACCACUGUUGAUCCCACCAUUGAAUUUCUCGAUGGUGUCGAGGGGUGUCUAUCGUAGUGGUUACCCCAAUAAAAAGAAUCAUCCAUUCCUCAAGAAACUAGGUUUAAAAUCGAUCCUCUAUCUCUGUCCCGAAGAGUACAGUGAAUCCAACACAAACUUUAUCAGAAAACAUGGUAUCAAAUUAUUACAUUAUAGAAUCGUUGGUAAUAAAGAACCAUUUGUAGAUAUUCCAGAUGAAUAUAUUAGAGAUGCAUUAGUAGAUUUACUCGAUGUUAGAAAUCAUCCUAUUUUAAUUCAUUGUAAUAAAGGAAAGCAUAGAACAGGUUGUUUAGUUGGUUGUUUAAGAAAACUACAAAAAUGGUCCUAUACAUAUAUCUUUGAUGAGUACCGAAGAUUUGCAGGUAGCAAAGUACGUGUUUUAGAUCAACAAUUUAUCGAACUAUUUAAGUUAGAAGUACCCUAUAAUAAAAAGAAUAAACCCGAUUGGUUAUAG